GUUUUCUCCAAUGGUUGAAAUAGAGAGACACAAAUCCUCCAACUCUCCAUGCCCUCCCUGUCACCGUCCGUGUGUCGCCCAAAGACGGCUGCGAGAAGAUCCGCCAUGGAGAGUACACGCCAUGGAGAAGCUCCGAUUUCGUCACGGGGAGCUUGCAGUGCCACAGAAGGCCUACUUGAAAUGGGUAAAGAACCAGAUCGACCUGGAAAGCGCUUGCUUGGAGCUCCCCUUCACCAUCCUGCUGCUGCUCUCCUUCUCCGCCUUCGCGAUCUUCUCCCUGAAGCAGGACACCAUCUUCUCAGUGGAGCAUGCGAUCUCAGAGGAUAUCACUCACAAUGCCAACUUUGCCUUUAGCGAGUAUAUGGGGCACAAGAACUUCGAAGAUGUACAUAGCUAUGCUGACUUUUGGUCCUGGCUGCGACUGGGCUUUCUUCCAGCCGUUUUCCAACCAGCCUGGACUUACUCAGAGAGGCGCCCCCAAGAUGUGGCCAGCGUUUUUGACCUCAAUGCGGUCAGAGAACCAAAUGCAACCUGGCAGCUCAAUGCUUUGGGAAGUGGCAGCAAGCCAGUGCCCACUGCCGCGGAGUACCUUCACUUCAACCGCGUCGUUGGUGGCCUGCGUUUCCGGCAGCAAGUCGCGGCAUCCAGCUCCAUGGGCAGCUGCAAAUUCCCCUCGAGCAACCGAGGAGCCUUUGAGAGGUGGUAUGGAAAAUCGUGUAUGCCCAACGUUCAGGAGAUCGCCUACCCACCGGAGCUUGCUGAUGCAGAGGUCUUCAACGAUCCCACGAAACUGGAAUGGAUGCUCCCAGCCCUUGAUUCCUUUGAACGGAUCGUGGAGCAGGCACUGGAUAUGGAGGAUGGCUGCUCUCAGCUUGCUGCCAAGAAUAGAAGCGUCUGCUAUUGCCAGUCCUGCGAUCAGUGGCCUUGGAUUCGCGAAGAUGUGCAACGCUUGGAGGUGUCCAUGAUCACCUACAAUGCGCAUUAUGGGCUGCUGACAUAUACAGGUGUUCAUUUCUGGUUUCUCCGUGGAGGGCGCUUCCACAAGCGCUUGGAGCUCACCUCCGUCUUCGUGAAUUCGGCACAACCCGUGGCAGAGAACACUCUGGCCAGUGCUUUCUCCUUGAUUUGGGCAGUGCUUUUGCUGUGGGUCUUCAUCGCCGAGGUCCGGGAGAUUGGUCAAAUCGUGAGGAACGCCGACACCUCGUGGUACCGCGCGAUUUUGGAGGAGUACAUCGGCUUUUCCAAUGCCGUUGAUUGGAUCUCCUUCAUCAUUGCUACCGUCGUGGCAGCGAUCUUCGUUGCGCUUGCCAUACAGACUGCCCAGCUGCAGGCGACUCUGAGAGACUUGCUUCUGGGAGCUGGUAAUGGACGUGAGGCCUACAUGGAACUAGUGAAGAACUUCUUUGCCGAAUAUGAGGCGACAUACAGUCAGGAGUCCACCUACCGCCUCAUGCUGUCUGCAUAUCCGCUGAUGUUGAUCCUCCGGUUGCUGAAGUCCUUCGAUGCUCAACCACGCCUAGCAGUCAUCACUGAGACCUUAAGAGAAGCCUCGCAGGAUAUGCUCCACUUCAGCUUGGCACUGUCAGCGAUGGUGGUUUGCCUUUGCCUGGAUGCUGUCCUGCUCUUUGGCCGGGACAUUGAGGAUCUUGGCAACUUCUGGCGCGCCUUUCAUUUUGCCUUCAGGAUCAUCUUCUCGGAGGAUGAGGAGGCCUUCCAAAAGCUGGAGAAGGUGUCUCGCUUCACCGCCUAUGCCUGGUUUACCAUCUUUACAGUGCUGCUGGUCAUUAUUCUUUUGAAUAUGCUCUUGGCCAUCAUCAUGGACAACUACAUGAUAGUGAAGAAGCGUGCGCAGUCCUUGGAGUCACUGCCCUACCAGAUGAGCCAGAUGUGGCGCCGCUGGCGCAUGAGCCGUCGGAAGGAGCGAGUGAAGCUGGACGAGAUCUGGGCAACGUUCGUGGAGGAUGCAGCCUACAAUCGCAAGGCGAUGUGUCAGAGUGGGCGCUUAAUUUCUCCAAGUUUUCUGAUGGACAUGGUGCCGGGGAUCCCUUCAUCUCAAGCCGAGAGGACCCUCGUCAACUCCUGGAUGGAGCACCUCAAGGAGCUGGAGCCUCCCUUCCAGGUCAACGAUGCACAUCAGUUGCUCAGUGGAAUGGAGGCCAUGACGCGGAAGAUUCGGAACGGCCUCUUUUUUGCCUUUGACGUGGUGCACUACUUUGACAGUCGGCCUGCCUUCAUGAUGUCACAGGUGCGGGACGACGAAGAAGCUCUGGCCGAAUUUCAUCGCACUGCGCAGCAAGAGGUGAGGGAGGAGGAAGAAGCUCGUGCCGAAUUUCACCGCACUGCACAGGAAGAGGAGGCAGACAAUGAGCGUUCAGUGGUGGCCUUCGUAGAAGAACAGACGGCGAGGCUUUCGGCCCACGUGGCCGAUGCUUUGGCGCAGUCCAUGGAAGUCCUGGAAAAGCGCCAGGCUCGCAUCGAGGAGCGAGAAGAAUCCAUGUCGGUGGCCGUGCGGCACAUGCAUGGGCGCUUGCUGCAGCUGCAGGGUGAUGCCAAGACCGUUGCGCGACGUCUUGAGAAGGCUCUCUUCAUCCGUCAACAGAUCAAAAAGGCUAGUCAUAUGCGUGGGAGCAAGGCUGGAAGAGCUGAUGCACGGAUGGCGAAGUUUGCCUUGUGGCAUCCGUUGCACCAUCUUUUUAUCACAUCAGACAGUUGUAACUGUUCUCAUAGACUAGGUGAAUGACUCAGUGAGUCACUCGUCAGUGCGUUAGAGUGUCGUUUUGUCGCCCAAACGAGGCGAAGAUCAUCUAUGGGCUCCCGGAAACUGGGAGCGUCGCAGACUCUUUUCCUUUGCCGAUGCUUCCGCAUAUGGAUGGUAAGUGAGGAAGGCAGAACUUCCGUUGAGGGAGAAACCGUUGACGCGAGCCCCAAAAGCUUGGGCUCUGGAGGUCGUGGAUGAGCUCAAAGGUAGCUCGUUCUCG